GGGUUCUUGGGCAACAACGAGAUUUUUGGUUUAGGGCUCUUGGGGCAAUGGCGGACGAGGAGCCGGCUCGCGCGCCCGAUUCCAAGGACAGGCAACAGCAAUCCAAGGCGCUAGACAAGAUUACCGAUCAUGUGGAGGAGCGGCAGCUCGAUUCUACGCGUGUUCAACAGGCCAUGGCUUCGAUUGCGGCGACGUCUGAUGCCGAUAGAGACAUCCAGAGAUUAAGGGAGAAAGAACUCGCAGCUGUGAAGAUAGAUCCAGCGCACAUUGACGUUAUCGCGAAUGAGCUCGAGAUUGAUAGGAAGAUCGCCGAGAGAACGCUGCGAGAGCACAAGGGAGACGCAGUAGCAGCACUUCGAUCAUUCCUCACUUGAUAGCCUUAAAAUAAAAAAAAAAUACUACCCUAAACGAAGACACUGUUGCCCUUUGGUACAUUUUUCUUUUUUAAGGGCUUGGCGACUAGCUGCUACUAGGGUUUGUGUUUUAGGGCUUUAAUAAUGUAAGGACGAGUUCGUUCCAUCGUCGAGAGUGAUCCACCCCGGCACGCCAAGCUCUCGCUAGGUCAUCUCGCGCGCAUCGAUAUUUCCUCCCUCCCGCGACGAUUCCAUUCACUCCAGCGCGACGAUCAAAGCUCGCAACUAUCUUCCAGGUAUAAGGCUGCAAUCUCCGGGCCGGCAUCGUCUCCGCGGGGCAGGGUUUAGUGGAAUAGAUCUUUGCAGGAGCUCGCCAGGGUGAUAAUCCAUGGGGGAUGGCGCUACAGUCACCACCGCCGUCGAUAGCUGCCUUUGCAACUAUUCAAACUUCGAUGACGAGCAAGUGAUUGCGGCAUCCGCGACGAUUUCCAAGAAUGUGGAGGAGGAUUUGGCCGGGGAUGGGAUUCUGGCCAAGGAAUUCCUGCUGGGAGAGGUGAAGAGGAGCGAGAGCGAUGGGGAUUUGCUAGGCUGCGUGCUGAGCUCCCAGGAAGAACUUGCCAAAGACUUGGCCGGGAAAGAAAUUUUGGAGGAGGAUGAACAGGGCAGCCCGGGUUGUGGAAAAAGUUUAACUGGGGUCGUGAGUACAAGUGGGGACGGUGGACGUAAGGCAAGACCUAAGGGAUGGAGUAAGAAAAAGGGUGUUUCCGCGACUACCACGAGCAUUAUAGGCAUAAGUGAGAUGCAAGAGCCGACCAUGACGCAGGAAGGUGGAAUAGCUCUUUGGGUCAAGUGGCGAGGGAAAUGGCGAGCUUGUAUACAGUGCUACCCAAGCGAUUGCUCGUCCGCGACGGUGAGAGCCAUGCCUACGUACAGCAAGAAGACAUAUGUGGUGGUGUUCUUUCCGAAUUCUCGAACGUACUCUUGGGUGGACCUUGAGUAUGCUUGCCAUAUCACGGAGAGUCCCGAGCCGCUCGCCUUUGGAACACAUCAAAGCGGUAGAGAUGCGGUGGAAAAUCUCGACCUUCCAAAGCACCACAUGCUCCGUGUCUUGGCCGCCAACAUGCUUGACAUCAGCGACCGCCUGCCCAUUAAGGCAGUCGUAGAUAGCGCUCAGAAUGUAAACGCGUGGAAGACUUUUGCGAACCAGGCCGUGGAAUCUAAAGAGUAUUCAGACGUUAGCAAAAUGCUUGUCAAGCUUUUCGGGAUGAUCCAGCUAACGUGCUAUAACGAGACAUGGCUUCAAGAAAGCUUUAACAGGUGGAAGAAUGACUGUGAAGUUGCUAAGAGUGCACAAACCGUUGAACAUCUUAACAAGGAGCUGGUAAACGCUGUCCUAUGGGAAACUGUCCAUGCUCUUUGGGAUGCACCAGAACAGUCCGCUGUUGGAACAGAAUGGAAAGAUUGGAAGCGAGCAGUGAUCGAAAACAGAAGCGUCUAUCCGAGCAUCUCGAUGACGCCAGACUCGUCGCUGUUUGCGGAUUCCGAGACUCUUAAGCGCCGGAGGUUGAGUUCGGACGCAGCGAACGUGGAGCUGGCUCUAAAGAGGUCGAAGCUAGAUGUUCGGCGAAGAUACCCAACGCAACUUAUUCCCGUCUCAACCCCAGUGAAAAAGGAAGACGAAGUGAACGGCUACACUGCCGACAACCAACAGAGGCCCAAAGCACCAUCCGCUGAAGUACUUACGUCGACACCAGCAUCGGUACCGAAAUCCGAGGAUGACGACCUGUCUGGCCGCUCGAGCUCGCUGAUAAAUCAGUCUACAGCGCCUAUCAGUAAGAGGCUCAGCUCGAACUACCAGCUUUGUGCUGCGUAUAUGGAGAAGAAGAAAAGGCAGUGCACCCGGUUUCCAAGCCAAGGCUCUCUGUACUGCUGCAAGCAUAUGAGUUUGGCUUUUGGGGACGGCAUAGAAGGCGUGAAAAAACUGGAGUAUACACCACCACCACCGCCGCCGCCGCCGCCGAAAGCCGUCGCAGCUACACCGAAGUCUUCGACAACGAUUAUUCCGAAAAUGCCGGGUGAUAAGAUAUGCGAAGGGAUCACGAAGUAUGGGAGGCGCUGCACGCACAGAGCCAAAGAAGAUUCAUUGUUUUGCAAGAAGCACAGUUUUGCGGACGCACCUCAUUUAAAUCCGCAGUUGGUAACCGCUGAAAGCUCCCAGAGGGCGACCGAAGAAAACGUGGAACCAGAACCUCAGCAGCACGAAUUCAAGGAGGAAGCAGAAACAGAUGCGAAAACACAACAAGAGCCUCCGACUGGCGAAGACGUUAAAGAAGAAAGCAGUCCCAGGAGAAGAAAGGUGACGGCUUCUAUAGAGCGAGCGAGAAACUAUAGUUGGCAUCUCAAGCGGAUGGGAAGAAUAAUUAGAAACAACGGGCCGGCAGCGACGCGGGUGCGCUGCCUUGGGAGGUGCGUAAAUGGCGAUCAGUGCUCUCACAAAUCAAGACCGGGAAGUUUCUACUGUGAGAAGCAUCAGCCGGAUAGCAACUCGCAGCAAGAAGAUGCGGCUCCGUCUGAAGUGAAGAAGCUGGACGAAGCACAAACUGUGCUUAAAGCAAAAAGCUGGCUCAGCAGGUAUAUGGAAAGUGCGAAAAUGGAAGGAGCCAGUACCAGUGACACUACCGACUCGGCUGACAAGCUACUGGAUUGGGUGCUUGCUGAAGCCUCCAAGGAUAUCCAUGCUGCCACGGCACUGAUGAAGCUAGUAAACCAGCGGAAGGACAAGCUCGGGAGGUUCUUGAAGCUUCAAGAGCGUGCGGAGGCAUCGAAACCGACUCCAGAAGGGGCCGCGGAGGUUGAAGGCAAAUGUCCAGAGCAGCUAUCGGGUGACCAGGCCGAGCAAAAGCAGCAAGAAAAGAUAAAGUGCAGCAUCUGUGACGACGAGUUUGCCGAGAUGGUGGAGCUCGGCAACCACUGGAAGGCUUCUCAUGAGACAGAGGCGCACUGGUUCUUGAAAGGCUAUGCCUGCAAGGAAUGCAACAAGGAGUUUACGAACAAGUCGAGCCUGGAGAGACACUGUAAGACCGAUCACGAAGCCUUGACGGACGUUCCCGCCGUUCACAUCUGUAUCAACUGUGACGAGCAGUUUCCACACUUCGAGGCUCUGUGGGAUCACGUGGUGUCGGGACAUUCGGAUCAUCUCAGUGCAAUGCCAACACUCGCUCUACCAGCUGAGGAUCCUGCGGAAGACACGAAGAUGCCGGACGACGAUCUUGUCACUGCAGAAGAACCAUUCCCGGUACUUUCAGAUGACAACCAGCAAGAUUCUCUGGACGACGAAGACUUCAUGGACAUUCCUAGCUCGGACUAUUCGGCUGACGAGAUGGAAGCACUCGAGUACCUCGAUGGGAACUGCUACUCUGUAGACAACGACGGCUCGGAGCACAAGUACACCUGCAAGCUGUGCGGGAAAAAAUUCCGUGCGCUACCAGACUUGGGCCGGCAUCAUCAAGCAGUACACAUGUCCUCACACGUUGGGACAAUCUCGAAAUCGAGAACGGGCGUGACUCAAGGCAACCGUAGUAACCGGAGGCGUGGAAAACUCAGCCAGCAUGGGAUGAACUCCAUUCUUCGCAUCAAGAAGGCACUGCACAGCGUGCAGCAACAGAAGAGCGAGAGAUCGGAAGCUGAACGUGGGGCUGCUGCCAAGCUGCCUGGACCUCCUGGAGAUGAUGAAAUUCUAGCUGCUGCUCGGUCUGCAUGCUGCGAGGCACGGUUCUACCGCACUCUGGAAGAACAGUACGACUCAGUCCCCAAGGGAACGCACGCAAACGCUGUGAAAUUGGCUGCUCCGCAGGAGAUUGAGUGGGCUCGAGAUGGUUUCACUUGUCCUCAAAACUGUACCGCUAGAGCUCCAGAGCGCACCUCGGAAAUGAGGCUGCAUGUUUUCCGGAAGGGUGCCGUUGCUGCGUCGGCCAGGAAAAAGAGCGUGGUUCUUUGCGAAGACAUAAGCUUCGGGAAAGAGCGUGUACCGGUUCCUUGUGUGGAGGACGAAGAGACCGAUCCCUGCAACUGCUUGCAGUGUAGGGAGGGAAAGUCGUACCACGUCGACUCUCUAAAACCGUGGGAGACUUUCAGCUACGUCACAGAUCGUUUGCUUGAUCCGUCUUUGGGACUUGAUACGAAGGAUUCGCAAAUCGGCUGUUCUUGCGGACGGGGUCGAUGCUCAUCAAGGUCGUGUGAUCACGUGGAAAUGUUUGAUAGUGAUUACGCAGACGCAUGUGACAUAUGGGGAGAAGAAAUGCUUCGGAGGUUUCCUUACGAUGGAGAAGGCCGCAUCGUUCUUCAAGAGGGUUACCUCGUUUAUGAGUGCAAUACGAGUUGUAUGUGCUCCGAGGAGUGUCCGAAUCGUGUUCUUCAGAGAGGUGUAAAAGUUAAACUGGAGGUUUUCAAGACGAGGCACAAGGGAUGGGCUGUGAGGGCCGCUCAAAACAUCUCCCGUGGAACGUUUGUUUGCGAGUACCUUGGUGAAGUACUGAACGAUCAAGAAGCAAAUCGGCGAGGAGAAAGAUACGAUCAAGUUGGUUGUAGCUAUCUGUACGACAUUGAUGUGCACUUAAACACCGGAGGGAGAUCUCGAAGGGGACCAAGCAGAGUUCCAAGAAUAAAACCGUUUGUUAUAGAUGCAACAAAGCAUGGAAACGUUGCGAGGUUUAUAAACCACAGUUGUUCCCCGAACCUUGUAAACUAUCAGGUGUUAGUGGAGAGCAUGGACUAUCAACUCGCGCACAUUGGAUUAUUUGCUAGCCGUGAUAUUCUUUGCGGAGAAGAACUAUCUUACGACUACAGGUACAAGUUAUUACCAGGAAGGGGUUGCCCGUGCCACUGUGGAUCGUCUGGAUGCCGAGGAAGGUUGUAUUAGUGUUGUAAAUAUUCACAGAGACCAAAAGAGAAAAGCCUUUUUGAAAUUCUAGAGAUGAACAAGCUUUUGCUUCGGGA